AUGUCUCCAACUUGCGAGUAUCUGACUCCAUUCGAACUGGAUAUCGACGCUCGCCUCAACGCCCCCGAAGCUGCUGCUGCCGCCGCCGCAGCUCCCGCUACCAGCAUGGGCUCCCCUAUCGAAGAGUACGCCUACUCGGUCCUCUUCUCCUUCAUCGGCGUGCUGGUGUUCAUUUCUAGCGUCAUGGCCGGGAUGUGGGUCUACCGCCUCUACACCACGCGCGGCUUCCACCUCGCCGACUUCGAGAGGCUGUCUGCGGAAGCGCAGAGGUUGGCCCAGGAAACCUCGACGAUCCGUCGAGACGUCGAGAGUGACUCCUCGUCGGAACCGUCGGUUAGGAUUGCGAACGUCGCGAAAGUGGAUGCGGCGGAUGAGAUCGAUGCUGGCAUCAGGAUCGCGCUGUGUGCCUGGGAGGAUAUCAUGCAGCCGGGGGAGGGGGCUGCGCUCGACGAGGAGAAGGGGGUUGGGGGCGGGAAGCUAGAUAGCCAGGGCGAGGGCCAAGGCCAGGGCCAGAUGGGGGAGAAGCGUAAGAGCCACGGACGGUAUGUGAUUGGGCUUAUGAGAGGGAAGUGUCUCGAACGGGUGGAGAAGAGGAGGGAUCUGAGCCCGGCCUUGCAGGCCAUGCAUCUUGAAGUCUUGUCCCGAAACUUCGACAUCCGCUCCAGCCGUAUCAGCCGUCGCAUGGCGAGCGGAAGCAACAUCUCGUUCGGGAAGUCACCACGGGACAAAUACCGCUCGCUCUCCGAGCAUCCCUCUGAGACGGUAGGUCUCCCCGCCUCUCACACCUUGUACCUCGGGGCUUUACUGAUGUCGUCGGUCCAGAACGAGGAAAUAUGCGCGCCGUCCACCUCUGCCGCUUCGGCGGCUGCGACUCCAGGGUCGAUCGACCCCAUGGUGCCCAGCGCCAUGCCUCUCCAUUCGACAUCUCAGAGGUCGGCCAGUUGCCCGGUUCCAGACGACGAUAAGUCUGAGAUGAUGGGUCCAGCGAGAAAGGAGCACACCUGUGUGUAG